AUGGACGAGAACCUCAGCAAAUUCAUCAUCGAGACAUUCUGCCGGCUGCACGAAGACAGCAUCAUCUACCACGCGAACCGCCUCGUCAACUGGUGCACCAAACUCAACACGACGCUCUCUGAUCUUGAAGUAGACCAGAAGGAGCUCGAGGGGCGGACACUUCUGUCCAUGCCCAGGUAUGAUGCGAAGGAAAAGUUUGAAUUCGGAGUGUUGACGAGUUUCGUGUACGAGAUAGAGGGCUCUGAUGAGAGGAUCGUGAUCGCCACGACACGCCCAGAGACGAUGCUAGGAGAUACCGCCAUCGCCGUGCAUCCUGAUGACCCACGAUACACCCACCUCCACGGCAAAUUCGUGAAACACCCUUUCGUGCCGGACCGCAAAAUGCCGAUCGUCACCGAUGGCAUCAUCGUCGACAUGGCCUUUGGCACUGGCGCCGUCAAGAUCACGCCAGCACACGACCAGAAUGACUAUGACGUCGGGAAGUGGCACAAUCUCGAGUUUAUCAACAUCCUGAACAACGAUGGGAUGCUAAACGCGAACGCCGGCGAGAGGUUCCAGGGGAUGAAGUGGUUCCAUGCGAGGGUCAAGGUCGUUGAGGCACUGAAGGAGCUUGGGCUGUUCAUGGAGAUGAAGGACAACAAGAUGAUGAUCCCGCUCUGCAGGACGGACGUGGCUGAUGAAAGCAGCAAACCGGGAGACAUCAUCGAGCCGCUGCUCAAGCCUCAAUGGUGGGUAGAUUGCAAACCGCUCGCCGACGAGGCGAUCAAGUUCUGUAACAAGAUCUUCAACGCGACCAAAUUCGCCAUGCUCAAGCUCGACGACUCCUUCGUCCCACUCACCGAGGCGAAGCCCACCGGCUCCGAGAGCCUCGUCGAGCACUGGAUCCUGCACAAGCUCAACGUCACCGCCACGGAGAUCAACGACAGCCUCGCCGAGAGGAACUUCAUGGCUGCUACGAAUGCCGCGUACAACUUCUGGCUGUACGAGCUGUGCGAUGUAUACAUUGAAGCGAUGAAGCCAAUGACAGAUGAGGCUGCACCCGAGGCCGUUCGUCGGUCAGCACAGCAGACGCUGUAUGUCUGCCUUGACCAUGGCCUGCGUCUUCUCCACCCCUUCAUGCCGUUUGUAACUGAGGAACUCUGGCAAUGUCUUCCUCGCCACCCCAACGACCUGGCACUGUCGAUCAUGGUCUCUAUGUUCUCCGUCAACGACCCCGCAUUUGUCUUUGAGGGCGCCGACAAAGACUUUGAUCUCGUUUUUUCUGCCAUCAAGACUGGUCGCUCACUGGCUGCUUCAUACACACUUCAGAAGGACAUGCAAUUCUUCAUCCAGGUCCAAACUGAAAAAGAAGCCCUUUUCUCCUCGCAAGUGCCUAUGAUCAUUGUGCUCUCGAAAGGAUGUGAGAGCACAAAGGUCAUUCGGGACGCUACAGUUAUCCCCGCUGGAUGUGGCAGCGCUGUCGUCACUUCGACAAUUAUCAUCCACACCCUUGUCCAGGGACUCGUCGACCUCGACAACGAAAUUUCCAAGUGCAACAAGAAACUCGACCUCGCUCGCCUCGACCUUGGCAAGAUCCUGAAGAUUGACAGCGAAGGACACGAAUCUGAGCCUUUCGAACUCAAAAGCGAUGACAUCGUCGAAUUUGGAAUCGACAUUAUUGGGGAAGACAACAAGACGAUUAUCCACCACAAAGUCACCGCCCGCAUCGUAUGCGUUUUCUCGGAGCAAGAUGCUCAGGUUGCCGCUCGCGCUGAACAACAUCAGCAGCAGCAGCAUCUCCAACAACAGCAGUACCUGCAGCAACAAGCCUCGACAUCCGGCCUCGGUGGCCCAUCCUCAUUGGGCCCAUCCGUUAACGGUGUCAAUGGUAGCAUGGGUGCUCAGGGUUUCCCUUUCGCUUCUGCACAGUGGAGAGCGCAGCUCGCGCAACAGGGAUUAGGCGGCAUGGGCGGUAUGCGUCCUCCUGGGAAGACCGGCCUGAGCUUUGAGGUCGUUUUGAGUCGGUUGCAGGGCGAGCUACAGAAGAGUCGCGAGACGGGUGCGGAGCUAACAUCCUUGACGGGCGCGAUGGGUGAUAUAUGCGAUAUGCUGGGAGGCAACGUUCCAUCAGCACUACCUUUGUUCCCUGCUACUCUCCCUCCCAUACAGCCUCAAGAUUUGCAACCACCACCUCAACAGGGCUCUUCGUCGGCUCCUGCUCCACAUGGCACCUCUUCACCAUCACCACCCAGCUCCGACCCUCCAGCUGCGUCCUCGAUACCCGUGGCUGCCAUCUCCGACAUCCAAGCCCAGCUUCGUGACCUCCGCGAUAGCCAGUCAAUGCUGACGGCCCGCCUUGAAUGGAUACAGGCUUUGGAAGGUGUCGUCGACGAGCAAGAGAACGUCCGGAGAGAGGUCCGGGCCCUGAGAGGACUCCUGGAGGAGCGCAGCCAGGAGGAAGAACUCCUCCAACGACGUGUCCGGGAGCAUCACGAGCAGGAGCUGAGGGACGGAUUCGAUGAGGACGAGGAGGAAAUGGUGGGCGAUGACGACGAUGACGACGUGAGGAGCAUCUCCACCGUUAUCCCGCACAAGCUCGAGCAAGUCGACGAAGAAGAUGAGGAGGGAUUGGAAGAUGCUCACCACUUGUCACAUGAUUCUGACUUAACCCACAACGAUUCCGGAGAGAGCCACAAUAGCGACGCCCAUGCAGCAGAGCAUACCGAGGAGAAUGCCAAAGAACAGGAGCGGCGACGAGCAGAGGAUCUAGAGGUUUCGCAGUCGUGGACACCAGAACCGACGUGGAUCAUGGGCAGCAUGCGUGAAUCAGAGUCCUACCCUGGGUCAGGACCUCCCCGGACUGGGUUACUUGGUGCGCCAGGUAUGGCUCGGCAAAGCUCAGUCGGAUCGCUGUUGUCUCAGGAGGUGUCGUCGACCUCGGAAACCAUCUCCGACCCAUCUACCUCCAACGCAGUGCCUGCCGAGGAGAUAUAUGCGCAACUCUCGAAGCUCUCGCAGCAAGUCGGCGCCGUAGUGGCUCUAACGACAAGCCUAGAAGCCCAACACUCCAAAGCUCAGAAUGUCAUCAAGGAACUCGAGGACCGCGUUGGGAUGCUCGAAGGCCUGCUCAAGGAAGCGCGAGGUGUGAAGGACUCUGAGCCUGUUGAACCAGAGCCCUCCAGGGACACCAAGCAUUUGUCACUCGUUUCUAUGAUCACUGAGUGGAAGAAGUCCAUCGAGGGUCAGUGGACCGCCGUCCAAGAGGAAUGGACCUCCGAGCGCGAGCGGCUUGUGAAGGCCAGAGAGGAGUGGGAGACAAAGGCCAACGCCGUCGACUCAGGACUCGAACGUAUAGACUCGGGUGUCGAGAAGAUCGCAAAGCUGCAAGAGAAGGUUGACAGCAGCCUCCUACGGUUAGGCAAGGUUGAGGAGGGUUUCAAGGGGACGUUUAAGAUCGAGGAGAGGGUGGGCAAGGUCGAGGACAGGACGGAGAAGCUCGAGGGCAUGCAGCGGAGCUGGGGUGAUGAACGAUGA